CAAAAUUUCGGCUGCGGCGAACAAAUAUGCCAUGUUUCUACUAAUGCCGCGAUAGAGAACCGCGAAACAGCCAUCUUACACCUCCCAUAGCGCAGCCAGGCCUCUUGAAUUUCUUUCUUAUUUUGACACACUUGAAAGCGCCGCACUCGCAUAUCAACGACGCACAUUCAAAAUGGUCGUCGACACGGCCUACUACGACACCCUCGGCGUCUCGCCGCAAGCCACUGAGCUUGAGAUCAAAAAGGCGUACCGCAAGAUGGCCAUUGUCCACCAUCCAGAUAAGAACCCAAACGAUCCAACAGCACACGAAAAGUUCCAGGCUAUCGGUGAGGCCUACCAGGUUCUCUCUGACGCGGAUUUACGAAAAGCCUACGAUAAGUAUGGAAAAGACCACGCGAAACCGCAAGAGGGCUUCGUCGACCCGGCGGAGUUCUUCUCUGCCAUUUUUGGCGGCGAGGCUUUUGUCGACUGGAUUGGUGAGAUUAGCCUGAUGAAAGAUCUGGCGGCCACCAUGGACAUUGCCAUGGAGGGAGAGGAAGAAGGAGAGGCUCCGCCAGCAGAUGACGAAGAAUUUCCCGGAACAGCAGAGGCGAUGAAGGAGAGUAUGAAGGAGAACGCAGACGCAUCUACAGGUUCUGCAUCUGCGCCGCCACCGCCUACGGUGGUUGUGGAUGAGGAGAAGACGCCUUCGGGAUCUGCUACUGCGACGCCCCCGCCAGCUCGGUCCGACGCGACGUCUCCAGCCCCGUCUGUUGGCUCCCGGAGACAGAUCCCUAUUCGACCGGCUCUUAUGGAUAAGGCUUAUGACGAAUCGGCGGAGAAGGAGGUAGAACAGGCAGAAGAUGACCUCAAGGGCAAGGGGCGCAAGAAGGGUGGUAUGAGCAAGGAACAGAGAGAUAAGCUGCUGGCUUAUGAGAAGGAGCGUGCUCGCGUUCGUCAAGAGCGCGUGGAGCAACUGUCAAAGAAACUGCUGGACCGGGUCAGCGUAUGGGCUGAGACGGACAAGAACCCCGAUGUCACAAGGGCUUUCCAGGAAAAGAUGAGACUCGAGGUGGAGAACCUGAAAAUGGAGUCGUUCGGUAUUGACAUCCUUCACGCCAUCGGCCAGACCUACGUGUCCAAGGCCUCGACUCUUUUGCGCAGCCAAAAGUUCCUCGGCAUUGGCGGCUUCUUCAGCAAGCUCAAGGACAAGGGCACGCUGGUCAAGGACACAUGGAACACCAUCAGCAGCGCCAUUGAUGCGCAGCAGACGGUGGAAGACAUGGCCAAGAUGGAGGAGCGAGGCGGCGAGGACUGGACAGACGAGAAGCGCGUUGAGUACGAGCGCCGUGUGACGGGCAAGAUCCUGACGGCCGCUUGGAGGGGCAGCAGGUUUGAGAUUCAGGGCGUGCUGCGCGAGGUAUGCGACUCGGUUCUGAACGACAAGAAGGUUCCGUUGUCGAAGCGAUUGGAGCGAGCGCAGGCGCUCAUUCUGAUUGGCGAGAUCUUCCUCAAGGCCGAGCGUUCCCCUGAAGAAGAGGGCGACUAUCUGCUUUUCGAGCAGCUUGUCGCCGAGGCAGCCAUCAAGAAAGACAAGCAUGAAGAUAAACACAAGCAUAAGAAGCACCACGACAAGACCGCAGAAGCGGUUGCCCAGGAUGCGCCUAAUGUGCCGAAACCGGCGGCGUAAAGUUUUAAGAGAACGGAUAAAGAAAAGACUAGGAGAGACAUUUAAUGGUGAAUAUCGGAGGAAAGAAAACGGGGCAGGAGUAGCGAUGAUGAUGAUGAGGAAGAAGAAGAAGAAAAGGGGACUGAGGGAGAUUGUCUGUUUGCUUGUUUAGAGAGAUUAAUGUCAAGAUUGCCGGAUAGAGAGCGAUCAGCCCAUUUACUAUAGAAUACAUCCACCACUUUUAGUUUAGUUAACUUGUUCUCUUCUCCUUUCAUGAUAGGUAGGUACUUGGGCUCAUUCAUGUAUUCUUAGCAUAUCUACCUUAAAAAGGAGAGAAUAUCAAACACAUCACACAAUGAUUUUGUUAAUAAAAAAAAGGGCAUCUUUCAGCAGGACCCAAUCAUUGGAAG